AUGGACCAAGCGGCUGAGCCUCGCCAGGUCGAACCCAAAGCCAAAUUCAUUCAACGAGACCCGACCUCUUCGCAGUACAACGGGAGGAUCACUAAAGACGAUGAGGCAAUGCUUGCAGCCCUGCUCCCUACCCUACAUUUCCAAGGUGUCAACAGAGAACAGAUGCUUGUGGAAUGCAACGCUGUCCUUGGGACGCCAAUAACUUUUGCUCAGUUGGACCGUCAAAGGGCUAAGUUCAGGCUCCAUAAAUACCGAAGACAACGCCCUACGCUCCCAUCUCAGACCCAGCGGUUCCAUAACAUAGCGCCCCAAUCGUAUGAUGAGGAACACGUCGGCGGAUUGGGGUCAGGAACGGAGUCAGAAACAAUCGGUGUAUGCUGUGCAAACCAGCUUCAGCACGUGGGCACAUCAAACACUCUACAAAUGGAAAAUGCACCGCGUCUCACGAAUACAGCAAUGUUGGACGACCCCUACAACGACCAUGGUGGUGCGGCUCCACAGCCAGGCCCCAUAACAGAUCUCAUAUUAUCCAAUGUUGGCACUUCACCGGACCUGGAAACCUGUCGAGCCUCGCUGUCGUUUCUGGGGAGUGACCCUGCUCUAUUCAACACACAUGUCCCAAAGCCAUUGCAGUCUGACAUGACCGAUCACCGUUCUGCCGUCAGACCCCCGUCAAGGUUCAAGCUAAUAUGUAACCAUCCUUUGCAGCGCAAGGUAUUCAUUUAUCAUAUUCACUCAGAAUCACUGAUGCGGAUCUAUCUGGAGCAGCUUGGCAGCGGUGCUGCAGCGACGAACAUCGCCCAUGUGGCCCAGAUCGCAACCCUGCUACAUACAGUCAAAGCGUUUGACCAAGCGUUUGACCUCUUUUGUAUGCUUUUUGCAAACUUCCACAUCAACACGUCCAUCCGUUACCGUCAUUUACAUAUGACUUUCGCAGCAAUAGCAUGCGCUCAGAGCGCACAGAGCGAUCUUCAGUUCCGAGUCGCAUAUGGCAUGAUUCAAUGCGUUUAUGGAGGUGUUGCCCCAUUGACUCCAGUUGAUUCCUUCUCGAGCAGAGUGAAGAGUACCUUGGCUGACCUGGGUCAUCGUCUCGAAAGCGUCAUCAGUGGUGGGACCAGGCGCUUGCAGCCAGGCAUUCUCGAAGGAGUCAUUUUUGGUGCCUUCGCUGUGCUUGGGUUCAGUCAUUCAGUGACGCGCCACAACCCCCUGAGUAAGGAGUGGGACCCGCAGAGUGGUCCGGGAGACCUUCUACAUGUUGCCUUCAGUGACGAAUUUCUCGGAGACUGUUUCCUGGACGGUAUGGAAAUUGCGCUUUCAAUUCUUGAAGAGCAGUUGGAUGAGCUCGACGUCUUGACCAAAGAUGCAUGGAAGUUCCUCGAUACGACGGCCACGAGCAUCGCCAGGAGACUUGCUUGCACGGUUCUCAAAGCAUAUGCGCGACGAGGUGCCGCUAGAGCGGCGCGGGCCACGGAGCGAUUUCCGGGCGGCCGGAAUUUUCGUGUCCGGUGGACAAUCGUCACUGUUGCUCUAGCACCAUUUGUGCUUCUCAGCAAGACGGGCCGCGUCGGAAACAUGGUCGAAUUCAUCGAGGCAGCGAGGCAGUAUCAGCGCGGCAUUCUGUCGAAUCCGGCAAGACUAGACGAGCUUGGACGUUCCUGUCGGUUGCAAUUGCUGCUUUUGGCUGUCGAGAGUCCUUACGAUGCCCUAAGCCCCUCUCCGGACGAAGUGGUGGAGAUCUGCGCAUCCGUUGCCCGUGUCACGAUCCCUAGUGAUGAUUUUGCUAUGGAUAUGUCGCCCCCGAGGUUGGACAAAGCAAUACCUUCACUAGAGGAGGAGUUUCUGCUCGGAAUAUGUCCGUCACAACACCAAUAUUCGCAUGUUCCAAUACCUCCCUCGAACUUGAUCGACGCCAGCCUGUUGGAACAAGUGCCUGCGCCUUCCUCAAGUCUCCUUUCGCCCUUGAGCGAAGUUGCACUAUCGGGAGUAAUAUGUGAACAGUCUUCAGUCCUUACCCCAGCGCUUGCCAGGACGUACACGCCGUCAAACAGUUCGAGUCUGCGAUCUUUCCUCUCGACAGCCGAGCGUCUGCGAAGAAGGCGGACAAGAUUCUCAGAUGAUGGCCUCUGGCAGGAUGCCGUCUCUGAGUCAGGAACCUCCCACAGCAGCUGGAGAUUCAGCUUCAUGAGUAACGCUCCGCCUAGUACCUUUUCAACGCGCCGCAGUGUGCAGACGGUUCUAUCGGACAUCGAGAUGACGGGGUGA